GUUGCCAGACUUAAGCGUUUGUUCGCGAAUCCCAAAGACGCUAAAAACCUAAGAUGGCAUGCAGAUGAGAGAACAACUGAUGGGCUGCUUCGUCAUCCAGCUGAUUCAAAGCAAUGGAAAAUUAUUGAUCAAGAAUUCCCCCAAUUUGGUGAAGAAUGUAGAAAUCUUAGGUUUGGCUUAGCUACUGAUGGAAUGAAUCCAUUUGGUAAUUUAAGUACCAAUCACAGUUGUUGGCCCGUUAUACUGAUAAUUUACAACUUAUCUCCUGGAUUGUGCAUGAAAAGAAAGUACAUGAUGUUGUCAAUGUUGAUAUCUGGUCCAAAGCAGCCUGGAAAUGACAUCGAUGUUUAUCUAAGGCCACUAGUUGAAGACUUGAAGUUGUUGUGGGUUGAUGGGGUUGAAAUAUUUGAUGCCUUUGCUUCAGAAACUUUCAUGAUGCAUGCCAUGUUAUUUUGCACCAUUAAUGACUUCCCAGCUUACGGUAAUUUGUCGGGGUACAGUGUGAAGGGUCAUAAAGCAUGUCCUAUAUGUGAAGAAAACACUGCAGCUCAACAAUUAAAACACGGAAGGAAGACAGUGUAUAUGCGUCAUCGGCGAUUUUUACAAUCUAAUCAUCCAUAUCGAAGGUUAAAGAAAGCAUUCAAUGGAGAACAAGAAAAAGACAAUGCACCCAUUCCACUUACUGGACUUGAAGUUGCUGAGAAAGUUAAUAAAGUACAUCAUAUAUUUGGGAAAACGUCGAAGAAGUCUUCUGUAACGACCCCUUGGAAGAAGAAAUCAAUAUUCUUUGAUCUUCCAUAUUGGUCAAAGUUAGAUGUUAGACAUUGCAUAGAUGUCAUGCAUGUUGAGAAAAAUGUCUGUGAUAGCUUGAUUGGUACACUACUAAACAUCCAGGGAAAAACAAAAGAUGGAGUGAAUGCGCGUUUGGAUUUGGUUGACAUGAAGAUCCGAGAAGAGUUGGCACCAAGAGAGAUUGGUAAACGUACUUAUUUGCCCCCUGCAUGUUACACAAUGUCCAAACAAGAGAAGAUAAGUUUUUGUCUUUGUUUAAAGAGUAUCAAGGUACCACAAGGAUACUCUUCAAAUUUCAAGAGCUUAGUGUCAAUGCAGGACUUAAAGCUUGUUGGACUGAAGUCUCACGAUUGCCACGUCUUAAUGCAACAGUUGUUACCAGUGGCAAUUCGUGGAAUUUUGCCUAAAAAAGUUAGGCUGACCAUAACUCGAUUGUGCUCAUUUUUCUCGUCAAUUUGUAGUAAAGUCAUCGAUCCUACAAAGUUAGAUGAACUUCAAAGCGAAAUUAUCAUCAUCUUGUGUCAACUAGAAAUGUUUUUCCCUCCAUCCUUUUUUGACAUCAUGGUGCAUUUACUUGUUCAUUUGAUCAGAGAAAUAAAGUUGUGUGGACCAGUAUACUUAAGAUGGAUGUAUCCUAUUGAGCGUUAUAUGAAGAUUUUGAAAGGGUACGUCAAAAAUCAAUAUCGUCCAGAAGGUUCGAUGAUUGAAAGAUAUAUUGCUGAAGAAAGUAUUGAGUUUUGCUCUGAGUAUAUGACUAAAGCAAAUCCGAUAGGAGUCCCUCGGACAUCAUGGUUGAGUAGAUAUUCUACAAGUAAAAGCAUCCGAGGUGUGAAUGUGGUGACGAAAAGUCGUGAAGAAUUGAUGCAAGCACAUUUGUACAUAUUAAACAACACAGAUGAAGUGAUCCCAUUUUUGGAAGCACAUAAAGCCGUUGUAAGGAACAACUAUCCACGACAAUCAGAGAAAUGGCAGUUGAUGGAGCAUAACAGAACAUUCUUGUCCUGGUUCAAAUCUGAAGUUUCGAAAGAAUCAUGGUCCUCUGAGACUUUGUUGUGGUUAGCAAAUGGCUUGAAGUUUGAUGUUGUAUGUUGUACAGGCUACGAAAUUAAUAAUUGCACAUUCUAUACAAAGACUUUGGAUGAUAAAAGCACAGUACAAAAUAGUGGCGUCAGUCUAGAAGCUGAGUCACUACAGUUUUCAACAUCCAAAGAUCAAAAUCCUAUAGUUGGAUCCAUGAGAUACUAUGGUAGAAUUGAAGAGAUAUUUGAAGUUGAUUACACUAAGUUUUCCGUUGCACUCUUCAAAUGUAAGUGGGUAGACAAUAAGAGUGGUGUCAAAAUAGAUGAAUCUGGUAUGACACUUGUUGAUUUUCGAAAGGUUGGUUAUAGAGACGAACCGUUCAUCAUGGCAUAUCAAGCAAGUCAGGUUUUUUAUGUCAAAGAUCCUGCGUCUGACCAUUGGUAUGUUGCUCUCCAAGGAAAAAGGCAAAUUGAAGAUAAAGAAGAGAAUAUAAGUAAUCUUCAUAUCGCUGACAGCCAUCCAUUUAAAACGACAAUAAAUUUGGAUGACGACCCUCUAAUUGAUGACAUACAAGCAAUACGAGAAGAUCACAAUGAAGGAAUAUAUAUAUGACCAAUCCAUAUGAUUAUAUAUAUGGCUGAGUCACCUCAUUCGUCAGGCGAUGAAGUCCCCACCACUUCUAGACGGACGAGAGGAGCAACGAGGUUACGACAGCUUAUACUUAGAAGAAAUGCAGGUGAGAGGACACCUAUCAUUAUUGACGUGGUCACUGGAGUUGCAUCUGGCCCAAAUGCAGAUGUAUUUAGGUCUUACCUUGGAGUAUUGGCACGUGAUCGUAUCUCUAUACUUACUCCAUCCUUUGACCAUGUUUCUGAGGCUGAUCGGAAUCUCAUCUGGCAAGAUCUAUUGAUAACAUUUGAUAUGCCAAACAUCGAGAGCUUAAGGAAUAAGUGUUUAUCUGCAAUUGCAGAAAGAUUUCGAGGGUUUAAGACAAAAUUGACGUCUAGAUAUAUAUUUGGACCAAAAAGUAAUGAAAAUCCAUGUUCCAAAUAUUCAGCAAUUGACGAAGCAACAUGGCGUCAGUUUGUAGAGCUUCGUUCAUCCGAGGC